GUGGAAAUGAUGAUGGAUGAAGAAAAUCAGAAUCGGAGGAACAGUUUGGAAAUUGUGGGGAAUCGGCCGUCGUUCGUGAGGAGGACGAUGCUGUGGCUGAUGGGGAGAAAUAGUAGAAUUGUUCAUUCUUCUUUCACACCCAAUGAUGUUUCUGAUUCUUCAUUUUCUCUGUGAUUCAUUGGGUUGUUUUUUUUCAAGCAACUUUAAUGGCGGAUUGAGUGAGUGGAAAUAUGUGCAGAGUUUGUUUGUGGAUUAUGAAAUUUUUGGGUAUCAAACAAAUAAAAAAGUUACCUUUUCUAUGGA